AUGUCGGCCGUGUCGUCGCGGACUGGUCGCGCCCCGCCGGCGGCGCCGAUGGCGACGGCUGACCUGGAGGCCGCCAUCGCGGCGCUCCCCGUCAGGAAGCAGCGCCUGCGGGAGACCUUCGACCGCCUCGUCGCCUGCGCGCCGCCCCAUUACCAUCUCCCCUUCACCUGGGACGACAUCGACGCCCAUGUCUCCUCCCUCCACGCCUCCCUCGCCCUCCGCUUCCGCCAGAUGCAGCAGCAGCAGCAGCAGCCACACUCCGGCGUCCCCGUGUCCGCACCCGCGGCCCCCGACGACGAGCAGCCCCACCCCGGCGUCCCCGUGUCCCCCACCGCAACCCCCAUCGGCGAGCAGCCCGACCCUUGCGUCCUCGUGUCCGCAACCCACGGCGAGUCCAUCCAGGAGGACGAGGAGAUGGUUAGGGAGGAGGAAGACGCCUCUCCUGCUCAAGAGGAUGAUAGAGUGGAGGACGCAGGCAUGGGCUUUGCGGGGGCGCCAUGGCGCCAGGCCGGAGGAACUCGUGAUCAAGAGUUUCCUGUUCCGGUGCGGGCUCACUACGCCCGGCACGCCGGCAGCCCUAUACUUCGGCAGCCAUACACGGCGUCCCCGCCUGAUGUGCAUAGCCAGCUGAAUCUUCCCAUGCUCCAGCGACAACAACCAUUCAUGCCGUACCAGCAGCAGGAGUUUCCUGCCAUGGCGGUGGUGGCCAUGAAUAACUACAAUAUUCCUCCCAUGGUCCACCAGCCGUACUACAAUAUUCCUCCGGUGGUCCAGCAGCCGUACUACAAUAUUCCUCCCAUGGUGCAGCAGCCGUACUUCAGGCAAGAAUUCUCCCCUGAUUUCAGGCGAGAAUUCUCCCCUGAUUUCAGGCAAGAAUUCCUCCCUGAUGUGACGAGGCAGCCCCUGAUGGUGCAGCGGCCGUACUCGCCGUACUUCAGGCGAGAAUUCUCCCCUGAUUUCAGGCGAGAAUUCCUCCCUGAUGUGACGAGGCAGCCCCCGACGGGCAUUGACCAUGUGCUCCAGGAGCAGCAGUACAUGGCCAUGGCGCACCAUCAGCCAUACUUCCCACAGCAGCAGUACAUGGCGCGCCACCAGCCCCACUUCCCUGCUGCACAGGCUGCUAGUGCUCAUGGUCAGGGAUCAAACGCUGCUAAGCGUCGACCGCUGAACAGGAGUAUCGAUACGGACAACAUCAAUGUGCGUAUUAGCGAGCGAAGUAAGAAGAGCAGGACUAUCCGCGAGCACGAGCCAUAUCAAAAUAAGACCAUAUAUGAUUAUUUCUGA